AGUCUCUUCUCCAGGUGAUCUUUCCUGAACAUAGAGAUGAAAUCAGCAGAGAAACUCAUCAUCAUCGUUUGUUUUCUGUUUCGAGGUGUUUUGUGUAGAGAAUUCUCCAUCAGUCUACCACAGAGUGUAGAAGCUCUGAGAGGACUCUGUGUUCUCAUACCCUGUAGUUUUGAGAUUAAAGAAGAAUAUGAUGCAGACCUCAAGACAGAUCUUACAGGAAUCUGGAAUAAAGACGAUGCUUACAAAAACAAAGUCUUUAACUCUAACGUAACUAAAGAGAACAAGAUUGAAGGGGAAAUUAUAGGAGACCUCCACAUGAAGAACUGCACCACCAUCUUCUACAACAUCAGUGAGAGAGACAGUGGAGAAUAUUACUUUAGAAUAGAAACUUCAGGAAGACUGAAAGAGACGUAUAAAUCUUCAUCAGUAGAUAUAAGAGUGCGAGACUCUCCAAUCAGCCCCUCAAUAACACUGUAUAAGGAGGAUCAGGGGAAGGUGGAGGACCAAAAUGAGGUGGUGGAGGGAACUUCAGUGAGUCUCAUUUGCUCUGCUCCAGCUCCUCCAUGUCUCUUAAAGCCACCCACUUUUACAUGGAACUUCCUGCCUGAGGAGAGAAGACAGGAGCAGAACCACAACACCAGCUUCAGUUCCUCUCAGCUGAACUUCAGCGCUACUCACCUGCAUCAUGGAGUCGAUUUCACCUGCACUGCCACCUACCAGCUCCAGAACAAGAACAAAUCAGCACAGAGCUCUUUUAGACUACAUGUUCUGUAUGCUCCUAGAAACACGUCAGUAUCAGCGUCUCCAUCUGCUUCAGUGCUUUUGGGCAGUUCAGUGUCUCUGAAUUGCAGCAGUGAUGCAAACCCAGCAGUGCUGAACUACACCUGGUACAGAGAGAACGGAGGGCAGAUAGGAACCGGAAACCAUCUCACCAUCAACACGACUGAUUCUACACAGAGUGGUUUAUACUACUGUAGAGCUCAAAACCAGCUCGGAGAUCAGAACUCAUCUGUGUACCUGGAUGUUCAGCGUGAGUACAGUGCUGGAGUAUUGUUAGUGCUAAGUCACACAGCAACAUGGAUUUAGGGUUGUAAAAUUUGAAGAAACUUAACUAGUUUGUUCUUGGCCAUGUCUUUAGUCUUUAGCGACACUGCUCUAGGACUCAAGCCUUG